AUGGGGAACGCGUUAGGAUCGCGGAAAAAGCUUCCAAAGGAGGAUUUAGACUUUCUGAUGAGCAAUACCCACUUUACAAAGAAACAAAUUAAGCAAUGGUACAAUGGAUUCAUUCGAGACUGUCCUUCAGGUCAACUGAGCAAAAAGAAGUUUAUAGAGGUGUACUCUGGCUUCUUCCCCGACGGGAAUGCGGAGGAAUUUUGUACCCACGUAUUCCGUACCUUCGACAAGGACAACUCAGGAAAAAUCGAUUUUAAGGAAUUUCUCCUAGCCAUCAAUAUCACCUCCGGUGGCCGACCAAAGGAAAAAUUGGAAUGGGCCUAUCAGAUGUACGACAUUGAUGGGAAUGGCACGAUAGAGCGCAGCGAAAUGGUUGAAAUUAUCAGAGCUAUAUACUCCAUGCUGGGAGCCGACGGCUCCUCAGCCGAGUUGAGUCCAGAAGCCCGGACAGAAGAGAUCUUUGAUAAAAUGGACGAAAACAGAGAUGGUGUGCUCACUCGUGACGAAUUCAUGAAUGGAUGUCUCUCGGACCAAUAUCUGCUCUCUAUGUUGCUUGCUGAUGAACCUGUGGAAUAG